UUAAUAAAUGGUUGUAGCAAAAAGGAAAUUUUAUCGUUCGUUAAGGAUUUAGCAAAUUUUUUAUUAAUCUUUUUUCAAUUCCAGCCUUUUAAAAUUGGUGCCUAUUGGGUUUUUAACUUUCCGGUAGCCCAAGCUAAAUUAAUGGUAAUGCGAAUUUUAUUGCCGCGUUUUGGCAAGUUAUUAAUUGCAUGCUUUAUAGCUCCGUUAAACCAACCAAUUUGGAAGCCCCCGCGUGCAUCGGUACGUUUUUUAAGCGCUUUAACAUUUAUGCUUUAUGGUAAAGGUUAA